CAUGAUGCACCUCGCAUGAUGUUACCAACAGCUGACAGACGUGUAAGCGCGGACCCCCCCUCAAGCAGUGCCCAAUGCCGAGGAAUGGAUAGCGUGUCUGGCAAAGGUGGAAAGAUGGUUGAAAGUGAUGAACAGCCGGAGAGGGCGAGCUGCGGUGGCGCAGGGAUGGCCGCACUACACCAGUGCGAACUCAUCCAGAACAUGAUCGAGAUCUCCAUCUCCAGCUUACAGGGGCUCCGGACGAAAUGCGCGGCUUCCAACGAUCUCACACAGCAAGAGAUACGCACCUUGGAGGUGAAACUGAUGAAGUACAUCAGCAAGCAGCUGCAGUGUAAACGGAAAGUGCCAGACAGCGAGAGACCCCAGGGUCUGGAGAGCUACCCCCGGCUGAUGGAUUGGCUGCGGACUGUCAACCUGCGACCUGAGGUCAUAGAGGCUGUGUCAGGGAAACUGUCCCUGGACACCCUGCUGCAGAUGUCCGGAUCCCAGGUGCGUGACACAAUGAGGAAGCUCGGCUCCAGCGCAGAGGAGUGCUCCCGGAUCACUGCUGCCCUCUCCUGUCUGAAGAGCGCCGCUGAAACAGGAGGGGAGCUUAGAGACGAUGGUCUGUGGAUGGAGUCUUUGCGAAGAGACAGCGGCACCUCGGUUUCCACCGACCAACUGUCGUGCCCCGUGGGGUUCCUGCGGCCCCAUAGCCCCUCCCCUCUGGCUCGCCCUGCUGGCUCCACCCCUUCUCCGCCCUUCAACCCUGGCCCCCAGCUCCGAUUUGUGUCUGACAGCCUGGGACCUCAAUCCUAUGCCGACGGUCAGCUCGACGCCUUCCUGCCCUCCCCCAGAAUGCCCCGUGCCUUUGGCCAAAUCGCCACGCCACCCAUCACCCCACCAUCCAAGAGGCGGCCCCAGCUGAAGCCCCCCCGCACGCCGCCGGCCCCAUCCCGCAAGCUGCUGCACUUGCUGCCAAACAUCACGCUCACACGUAGCCGGAGUCACGAGUCGCAGCUGGGAAACCGCAUCGAGGAGCCGGUCGCUAACAACAGGUGCACGAAAAAGAACAAGCUCUUGCUGAAGGUGCAGAUCAACGGCAGUGGCAUUGUGUGCGAAGACUCCCCCUCGCGUUCUCCGCUGCUCUCUGUCCGCACCCCGGGGGCCAUCUCCACCCCUAAUACAGCCUCCUACACCCUGCCCGCCACCCCCACGCUCCUGGAGGAGCGCCUUAUCGUUAAAAAUAACCUGCUGCUACACAGGAGUUCCCCGCAGCCCGUGAGGAGAGACAUAGAUCUGCCUGUCACCCACAGGUUUUCCACAAAGUCCUGGUUGUCCAAGGUUUGUGAGGUCUGCCACAAGAACAUGAUGUUCGGCGUCAAGUGCAAACACUGCAGGUUAAAGUGCCACAACAAAUGCACAAAAGACGCUCUUCCCUGCAAAAUAUCGAUUAUUUCAUUCCGAAAGAUCCGGAGGACGGAGUCUGUACCGUCAGACAUCAACAACCCUACCGACCGGCCUGCCGACGCCCCACAGUUUGGAACGUUACCAAAGACGCUUAAAAAGGAUCACCCUCCAGUUCACAACCAGCUGGACUCCAGCAGUAACCCCUCCUCCACCACUUCCUCCACCCCCUCCUCCCCUGCCGCCUUUCAGCAGAGCAACCCCCCCAGUGCCACGCCUCCACCCAACCCUUCACCCAAGGGUUCCCGUGACAACCGCUUCCACUUUCCCGCCGCCUGCUACUUUCAGCACAGACAGCAGUUUGUCUUCCCCGAUGUCCCCAGUUCACCACAAUCUGUAGCUUUACAUUCAGAGGGAUAUCUGGACUCUGGGGAGGCGGAGAAGCAUGGAGAUGAGCACGGAUUGCAGCUGGAGGAGCAUGAAGAAGCUGCGGCAGGGGGGGAGGACGAGGCAGACGAGGAUGAAGACCAAGGAGAGGAUGGGGAGGGGCAGGAAAAAGAGAGCUCGGAGGGCGAAGGUGAGGGAGAUGAACUGGACGACCUGCCCAGCUCACGGGGCGGCCGGUGGAAAGGCCCCAUCUCGCGCAAGGCCAGCCAGACCAGCGUGUACCUACAGGAGUGGGACAUCCCGUUUGAGCAGCUGGAACUGGGCGAGCUCAUUGGCAAGGGGCGCUGGGGCAAGGUAUACCGGGGCCGCUGGCACGGCGAGGUGGCCAUCCGGCUGCUAGAGAUCGACGGCAACAACCAGGACCACCUGAAGCUCUUCAAGAAGGAGGUGAUGAACUAUCGGCAGACGCGGCACGAGAACGUGGUGCUCUUCAUGGGGGCCUGCAUGGCGCCUCCACAUCUGGCCAUCAUUACCAGCUUCUGUAAAGGACGGACACUGUACUCUGUCGUGAGAGACGCCAAAAAUACACUGGACAUCAAUAAGACCAGGCAGAUCGCUCAGGAAAUUGUGAAAGGAAUGGGCUAUCUUCACGCCAAGGGAAUCGUCCACAAGGACCUCAAGUCCAAGAAUGUGUUUUAUGACACUAACAAGGUGGUCAUCACUGAUUUUGGGCUCUUCGGGAUAUCGGGAGUCGUCCAGGAAGGAAGGCGGGAAAACGAGCUGAAACUGCCCCAUGGAUGGAUCUGUUACCUGGCCCCGGAGAUUGUGCAGCGGAUGGGCCCGGGGAAUGACGAGGACCGUCUCCCGUUUUCCAACGCCGCCGACGUCUAUGCCUUUGGCACCAUCUGGUACGAGUUACAGGCCCGGGACUGGCCGAUUACCAAGCAGCCCGCAGAGGCCACCAUCUGGCUGGUUGGCAGCGGAGCGGGCAUCAAAAAGGUGUUGGCCGAGAUCAGCAUGGGCAAGGAAGUCACGGAGAUCCUUUCCGCCUGUUGGGCCUACGAUUAUAGCGACAGGCCCAGCUUCAGCCAUCUCACCGACAUGCUGGAGAGGCUGCCCAAACUCAACCGCCGGCUCUCGCACCCGGGACACUUCUGGAAGUCUGCAGAGUUGUAGCCGGCAGCGCGAAUCGCAGGCAGAGCCUGGCACGCUCCUGAAGCUGUAAACCUGACUUGUGCAUCGCUGGCAGAGAGAGGCAGUGCUUCUGAUGGGAAUCUACAUGGGGUGGGGAGGGGGAGGUGGAUUCUGGGAAUCCUUGUCUCAGCCCCUUACCAGCACAGACAUUUUUUUCGUUUUUAAGUACUUGUUUGGUUAAUUUUUAUUAGCCUUUCCUGCUAGGUUUCUUCUCAGCUGCUGACGCCGGCCACUUUAUUCAUAUAAAUGUUCUGUUUAACGUUCAUUUUCUCAGCCGCUGCAAGCCUACCUCUGUAUCCUGCCUUCACUUUGCCAAUUGUAGCAAAUGGCCUUGCUUACCUUUUUCUUUCUUCUUAACUUCCCGGGUGUGAUAGCCACGCAGUAUCGGACCGGCUCCAAUUCGAAGCCUGGCUUCCUGACAGGCCGUGGCGCCGAGACUGAUGGAAAGCUUUUGGCAAUAAAACUCAUCUUUCCGUGGGGAUUUUUGACCAAAUCCCACUUCGCCCGCAUACUGCCCCCUGGUCACAUGUUACGGGGGUGGGGGCACUUCCUGUCUUCCUGUUUCUUCCUGUGUUGGAGUCGCCAGUGCAGCGAGGCAGUUGGCGGACGUGUAGCGCAGUGCCAAGAGGUCUGUCUGGUUAUACAGCGUUUUGUCCACAGGGCUGUUGUUUUUGAGACUGUGGAGCGCGUUCUCUCCCCGUUAGAUGAUGGGAGGCCACUGAGCACACGUGUUUUAAAAUACACAAUUUAAAAACCAUUUAAAAAACUAAUAGCAAGUGGGAAAAAACAACUACAACUUGUGGGCAUGACAGUGUGUGUGUUUUUUUUUUUAUUACCUCUUUCAUUACCUCUUGUGCACUAGUGUUGUGUGUGUAUGUGUGCGUAAGUGUGUGCGCGUUUGCAUAUCGGCACAUGAUUGUUACAAUUACCCAAUGGCUACCACGUGGUUGAAUGUACUGUUUGGGAUAACUAGGGGUUAACUCUUGCAGUUUUGGAGAAAAUCUAUAAAUAUAUAAAUAUUGUUUUAUUUAAUGUACAGCUAACAUAAUUCUUUUAAUAUUUGUAUAAACAUUUUAUAUUUCACUGUAACAUCAUAACAUUUUAAAAUAGGUACAACUUCCCCAGCAGUGUACAGAUCUUUAUGUAUUUUUUCCAUGUACAAAAUAGUUAAACAUAAAUUAUACAUUUUUUAGAAUGGGUCAAUGUUUUUUUUAUGUCAUGUAAGAAUUCAUAUUUUUGUAUUGCAUGUGGCAGCCAUACUGUACACCUAGGUUUUGUUUCCGUUCUUGAAAGACAAUAAAGUCUCCUCACGUGA